AUGGAAUCAGAAGAGCCAGGAGAAAACCCCCUUUGGUUUUUCAAAGACAUUUUGCUGCAUGGAGAGGACAAAACAGCAGCACUGAAUGUUAUAAGCAAAGGCAUAUGCUUCUGCAUUAAGUUGUCUCCAAGCAACCUCGAUCAGACACCAGAAACCCUUCAGAAAUGCCUCGAAUUGAUGGAAGAUGUUUGUAAUGAUGGCGACCUCGACGUUUCCGAAGAGGCAGAGCAAGAUCUACAAUAUUGGGUUCUGGAGCCCUUCCUUGAGAUCUUUGAAAACCUGGAGUCUUCCUCGAAUCAACAGCAUAUAUCACUCCAGGAAUAUCUUUCCCCUGAGACCUAUCGAUAUCAGAUGGUAUUACUGUUGGCCAAAGCAAACUACCAUCACAAUAGCUUUCGUUCCGACCAAACGAUAUCAAGAUUGAAUGCCCAAGUAUUGUUGAGUCAAUUUCGCAGUUCCCAAGAAAAGGUCUCUGCUGCUGGAACUGUUUAUCACUUCAAAUCUGCAUAUUCAGGGAACCUGGCAGCUGCUUUACGAGAAAUGGACAUCUAUAGAAAGCUGGACGAAAUUCUGCCUUGUGAUGAGAUCAGAAUUCCGGCUGUACAUGGUGUUGUUCGAGAUGAAAGCGGUUCACUACUAAUUGGGCUUCUUUUCUCUUCGAUUGAAUGUGGGCCCGAGGACUUGGAAUGCAUUCUGAUGUCAGAGAUGUUGUUAUCCUCAAGCUUAAGAGAUUGGAGAAUGCAAAUCACCACAACUGUGACAAAACUACACGAGGCUGGUAUUGUCUGGGGCGACACCCAGGCCGCGAAUAUCUUGAUUGAUAGCAAAGACAAUGCUUGCGUGGUCGAUUUCGGAGGCGGUUUUACAGAGGGCUGGGUCGAGAAAUCUCAGAUGGACAUAAUCGAGGGUGAUUUGGCAGCUCUUAUCAAAAUUGAAGAACCUCUGCAGCCAGAAAAGACCUAA